CCUCUAUUUGCAUAGCACCGGGACGUGGCGCCGUACCUAGGCCACUUCCGCACUAUAGGAAACUCCAAGUCCCGGAAUGCCUUGGGGUAGUUACGUCACUUCCGCUGUGUUGGAAGCUGCAGAGAAUUGAGUCUGAAGGGCAGGUCCAAGAUUGAGAACGACGACUAAGUAGCUGGGGGGAAAGCCGGCUGAAGAGGGACUAGUGGAUAGAUGUCCUAUAUGGAGUUGGCGUUGGAGUCCAGUGAUCAGGACCUGCUGGGCUUCCUGCUAGAGGAAAGCGGAGGUUUGGGGGCGGUGCCCGACGAGGUCUGGGAGUCUCCACCGGCCUGGGAUUUGCCGCUCUCUGAGGCACUAAGCGAUUGGGACGUAGAGGAUUUCCUGAGCUCUCUGCCGAGUCCUCCAGCAUCACUGACCGUUCUCAGCAACUCUAACCCCCGUCCUGUUCACCAUGAUCACACCUACUCUCUCCCACAAGAACAUGUUUCCAUAGAUCUAGAUAGUGGGAGCUGUGGAAAAGAGGGGACCCAGAUGACUCCACUGCAUGAGGAGGAGCCGGCAGAGCAGGAGACUGUUAGGCUUGUACUGACAGAUGAGGAGAAGAGACUAUUAGAGCAGGAGGGGCUUACUCUGCCUGGAACACUUCCUCUCACUAAGAUGGAGGAACAAGUUCUGAAGCGAGUGCGGAGGAAGAUUCGAAAUAAAAAGUCAGCUCAAGAGAGCCGCAGGAAGAAGAAGAUGGUCUUGAAAUACACAGCCCAGAAUCUGGAGCUACAGAACAAAGUACAGAUCCUGGAGGAACAAAAUCUGUCUCUUCUGGAUCAGCUGAGGCAGCUCCAGGCCAUGGUGAUUCAGAUAGCAAACAAAACCAGCAGCAGUAGCACCUGUGUCUUGGUCCUACUGUUCUCGUUCUGUCUCAUCUUUGUACCUGCUAUGUACUCCUCUGACACAAGGGGGAGCCUGCCGGCUGAGCACGGAGUGUUAUCCCGCCAGCUUCGUGCCCUUCCUCACCAUCUGGAGCUGUCUGUCCUGCAGUCGGAGGUACCAAAGGAUAGCUCAGACCUUGAGCUCCAGGCUCCUGGCAACUCUUGCUGCCUGCUCUUGCACGCGCCUCAGGCUUCUGGCACAGAGCCUCCCCUGAAGCUGCCACUCUCUGACCCAUUCUCACAGUUCCCCUGCCCAGGCCCCAUCCUUCCCCUGCAUGCAAAUCUCACAAGAGAGGGGGGAUGGCUCCCUGCAUAUAGACCUGUAUCUGUUAUUUUACAGGGGAGAUACUCAGGCUAGAGUAGAGGCCUGGGGCCUAUGGGGUGUCUUAAAUGAAAAGGAAUGGGAGAGGGACUAGUCUUAGCUUCUGUGCCUUGUCAGGAAGCCCAAGGGCUUGAACACACCACACUUACAGGCAUUCUGGGUCUUUUAUUUGUACCCAUGUAUGUCUUCACCCCAUGAAUGGGCUGGGGGGAAUCAACUGACCUUGAAAAUUUCAUGCAGUGAGGGGAUGGGGUGAAGAAAGAAAUAAAUAAGUGAUUCUGAUGCUUGGGUCACCCUCAACCCCUUUACUGGCAUGGUUGGGUGGGGAGGAGGGAAGAGGCAUGAUUGUCCUGGUGGCUCAGGGUUGCAGGAGACUGGGGGGAUGCAGGAGGAGCAAAGGCCAGGCUGGAGGCUGGG